AUGGACCUGGAACAAUUGCGCCGAACGCUGCAGGAGCUGUUCGCCGGCACCACACUGCGCCUGAAGUCGGGCCGGCUGGAUCACGUCAUGCAGAACGCCCGCCAGGAAAUACAGAACACGGCGGUCAGAUUGGAGGAAUGGGUGCGGCCUUAUCAAUAUAUGGAGCGGCGCCUGCAGGUACUUCUCACCACGCACAAAGCACAGGGGCUGGAGUUGCAACGUCUGCGAACUGAGUUGAAAGACCACCCGCAAUCAUUUUUCCUCGACGAAGUGGGUGAUGGUAACACGUUGGCUGCCUUUCAUACAGCAACAGAAAGCGAAAGGAGCGACUUGGACGCCAUGACGGAUGCUCUGGCGUCAGCCUCCGAGCGACUGGGGGCUGCCUUGGAGAAGGCAACAUGUUUCUCGUUUAUUGCGCAGCAGAAGGAAUCGUCGUUGGACCUCUCUGGUCUCGCCAUUGACAACGUGCAGCGGGAGGCCCUAGCGCGGGAGCGUGAGGAACUCUCGCGCAUAGUGGGUGUGCAAUCUUGCUAA